UGUUGACCAUAACGACAGACAGACAGACUUCAGAUGUGACGUAUGACUACUACUACUACUACUACUAGUGUUGUUGUCGUCCUUAAGAAACAAAGUUUAAGUUGUGAUCUUUAGGUGUGAUCUUUCUUUACCACGACAUCUGUGUUGUUGUUGUCGAUCAUUACCGAUGGCCACCACCACAACCACUGCCGCCGCCGUCAUCAGCGAUGGCAACAAACAACAACAUCAGCAGCAGAUCCACAGUCUAUACUUGAAGUCAGCGGUCACAGCCGUCUCUGCCGAUGACCAACAAAAAGAGUUGUCGGCGACGACAGGGGCGCCAGUGGUCGUCAAAUGUCUGGUUUGUGACCACAUUGUUAGCUCCGCCGAUGCUGUCGAUGCGGACGCCGCCGCCACAGCCGCUGCAGACCAAAACAAAAGUAGUGAUCCGCUAAAGAAGAGACCACUUUCAUCGUCAUCAUCGGUGACCACAUUAUUAGCCACUGACUUACAGAAACAUUUGCUGACCGAACACAAGCUAAUCAUUGCCGACAUCGACACUAUUGCCAAUCUUGAGAAAUACUGCGACUAUUGGCGAUCAAAGUUUGCCGCCACCGCCGCUGUCGACGCCAACAAUGACUGGAGGAAACAAUUUUGUGCCGCUAUUACCACAAAUAGUGGACCGAACGAUGUCUGUCAAUCGGAAACCUAUUAUAUGAUCGGCGGCGACGACCAACACUUUCCCGAAGAUAGUCAACUACGGCAACGGCUCAAAGAGGCCCGACUCGAGUCACUGUUACGUCAGUCGCAACUGGAGAUCAACGACACCGAGUUUUCCCGUCAGUGUCUGUUCUGUCGGCGCGUAUUUACCGAAAAUCGAUCGAAUCUGUUCAGACAUUUAGCUGCCGAUCAUAACUUCAAUGUCGGCCAUCCGGACAACAUUGUCAACUGUAGUCAACUGUUGGACGAAUUGGAGUCAAGACUCGGCCGACUGGAGUGUCUGUACUGCGAACGUACGUUCAAGUCGUGGCCGAUACUCAAAGAACAUAUGCGUAAAAAAGGACAUAAAAUCUUGAAUCCCGAUAACAGACAAUACGAUAGAUAUUAUUUGAUUAACUAUUUGUCGCCGGAGAAGGACUGGCGCGAAGUUAAACUGGAAGCCGAUGACGACCGAUAUGACCGCAAUUACCGUAAUUACCGCAACAACAACAAUAGCGGCGGCGAUGAAGAAGAUAACGACGAUAGCAACGAAUGGGACGAUUGGACAGCAGAUAUGCGGACAGCUAUUGCUGAUACAGUCACCACCACUACUGCCGCCGCCGCCGCCGCUGCUGCCGAUGACCACUGUAUUUGUUUGUUUUGCCGAUUUGAGUCACCAAUACUCCAGCUAAAGACACACUUGAACACUGUCCACGGUUUUGAUUUUGAUCGGCUAGUUAUCCGCGGGAUUACCGAUUUCUAUCAACGAAUCAAACUAAUCAAUUAUUUACGGCGAUCCGUACAUAACCAUAGAUGUCCUAAAUGUGAACAACAGUUCGGCGAUUGCGAUCAACUGGUCGUACAUUUGGAUUUUUCUGGUCAUAUAUCAUCCGCCGCCGGCAGCGGCGGUGGCGGUGGCGAUGAUGACCAGCCGCUACCCGAUAAAUGUCUAUACGAUUUACCCGAAUAUUAUUUUUCUACCUAUGAAAAUGAUAAUCUAUUACAUUAUUUGGAUACUAUAGAUGAGUGACACCCACACACACACGGAUGGGUGACCAACACGGGUGGGUGUCAUGCACACACACACACGGGUGGGUGACUUAUUGACUGACCCACCCUAUUAUAUAUGGAAAUUAAUAAUAUAAUGUAAUUACAUAACAAC